UGCCUGUUUUGCAUAGUUACUUUCAGAUUGCAAGUACUUAUGUGACCGUCAGUAUAUGCUAGAAUUAGUAACAUGUAGCACCUGCAAUGACUUGCCCCAAUAUAUCCUUCUUAAAAAAAAAAACUCCCUAUUUAUAUUCCAAGUUUCUAUGGACAUCACCUCCCCCCAAUUUACUUCUCUUGGAACACAGUGUUUUACCACUGAAAAGGACAUUUUUUUUUUGCUGUUAGUUUCUGAAAAUGCCUGAGGGAGAGAUGCCUACUUCUGGGUUUAAGAAAGUUCACUAGUCUCUCUGAUGUUCAGAAGGUUGUCCAGGUCGAUGUGUGCUCCUCUCCUCCUAAGCGUGUGAAUGGCUGAGGGAGGACUUUGGUAAAGUGUGUCUCUGUAGAUUUAAUAGGAUUCUGAACACUAACAUGCAUGGUAAGAAAAGGAGUCUGAGUUUUGAGGGCACAAUUCUUAUACAAUAUCCUCAGCAUGCAUGGGCACAUUAUAUUGGCCAUCGUGCUUCCUGUUUAGGCAGCAUAUUGCAAUGCAUUUCAGGUUUUGUGAAUUAUGCUGGCGAACAGUUAAUUGGUCAGGGAGGUCUCCUUUCAGAUGAAGAGAGCUAUCAGAAGCCACUGAUUAUCUGGGUUCCAAUACAUUGAAAUUCAGGGAGGGACUUUACAUGAAAAAUGUAAUUGCCUCACUCCUCACACUUGCCCACCCCUGCCCUCAGUUUUUAAUAAGUAUGUUAAUAUGGUCCUUGCCUUGUGCUUUCAUGAACAUUUCUAUGGGCUUUAACUGAUGAUCACUUCCUAUUCCACCUCCUUGUGUUGAGAAACACUUAAAUGUUGGCUUUUACUUCACAUUGGGGCAAGUGUUUGGUAAUUAUCAAACAUAAAUCUGCAUGUGUCAGUCAUCUGUAGAGCACCAGGAGAGAUUUUCUGUGAUUACCCCAAUCCCCCCCCCCCCAAAAAAAAAAUAAGGACAAGUUUCUGCAAUGUUCCUCUUUAAUGGGCUGGAUGGAGGUGAGGUUCUAUUGUUCAAGCCUCUCUUCCCUAAGUUAUUUUGUGUGUGUGUGUGGGGGGGGGGUUCUUUUUAAUUUCUGGGAAAGAACUAUUCCAGUCAUUGAUGGCUGCUGCGACAAUUUAGGCAAUGAUUUCUUUCUUUUUAAUUCAAAAGCCUUUUAAGCUUCCAGACAUAAAAGUACUCCAGCUGCAGCAUCGCCCCAUCCCCCUCCUCUCAGAUUCCAGGGCUCUCCCCCUUGCCUCCCACCAAGUGGGAGAGGGGUUGGGGUUGACACAGUGGUCCGCACCUCUUGGCGUCCCUCACCCAGAGCUAGUUUCUACCUGCUGUCUUUGCCAGUUCGGUCCGUCCUGCCUGACAAGCCAGUACCAUUAGCGUCCGUGACUUCAUUUGAAGAAAAGAGGCUUUGGUGUAAUUCGCCAAUUCAAAUAUCCUCUCUAGAGGACUACUGCUGUUGCGCAAGGGUGGAGGGAGGGAGAAAGAGAAAGGAGAAAAAACUUUCAGUGCAGUCAGACCGUUUUCUGCUUAAUCAGUGUGGCACAGUGAGGCUCAGACAUUCGCUGUCUAGGUGUUGAGGGAGAGCUGAGAGGAUGAAGGCUCUAAGUCCCCAGUGGAAGCAUGAUAUGGCGGCGCAGAGCUGGUGCUGAAUUGUCCUCUCUGAUGGCUCUAUGGGAGUGGACAGUACUGAGUCUUCAUUGCUGGGUUUUAGCGGUUACUGCUGUCUCUGACCAGCAUGCCACAAGCCCCUUCGACUGGCUCCUCUCUGAUAAGGGACCCUUCCAUCGCUCACAGGAGUACACAGAUUUUGUGGACAGAAGCCGACAGGGAUUUAGCACAAGAUACAAGAUAUACAGGGAGUUUGGCCGUUGGAAGGUAAAUAACCUUGCAGUUGAGAGAAGAAAUUUCCUGGGCUCUCCUCUGCCUCUUGCCCCUGAAUUCUUCCGCAACAUAAGACUUUUGGGACGGCGACCUACACUUCAGCAAAUCACAGAAAACCUUAUCAAGAAGUAUGGGACUCAUUUCUUGCUAUCUGCUACUCUGGGAGGAGAGGAGUCACUCACAAUUUUUGUGGACAAGCGGAAGCUGAGCAAAAGAUCUGAAGGAAGUGAUACAAGCACCAAUAGUUCGUCUGUCACCCUGGAGACCCUACAUCAGUUGGCUGCUUCCUAUUUCAUUGACAGGGACAGUACUCUUCGCAGACUCCACCAUAUCCAAAUUGCAUCCACUGCCAUCAAGGUGACAGAAACAAGGACCGGUCCUCUUGGCUGCAGUAACUAUGACAACCUAGAUUCUGUCAGCUCUGUUCUGGUUCAAAGUCCUGAGAAUAAAAUUCAGUUGCAAGGGCUUCAAGUUCUCCUUCCCGACUACCUUCAGGAACGUUUUGUGCAGGCUGCGUUGAGCUACAUUGCUUGCAAUUCAGAGGGGGAGUUUAUCUGCAAGGAUAAUGACUGCUGGUGCCACUGUGGCCCAAAAUUUCCAGAAUGCAACUGCCCCUCCAUGGACAUUCAAGCCAUGGAAGAAAAUCUUCUUCGAAUAACAGAAACAUGGAAAGCCUACAACAGUGACUUUGAAGAUUCUGAUGAAUUCAAGUUCUUCAUGAAAAGACUACCCAUGAAUUAUUUCCUCAACACAUCAACCAUAAUGCACUUGUGGACGAUGGAUUCUAAUUUCCAGCGCCGCUAUGAACAACUGGAAAACAGCAUGAAGCAGCUUUUCCUGAAGGCACAAAGAAUUGUACACAAGCUCUUUAGCCUUAGCAAACGGUGCCACAAACAGCCCCUCAUCAGCCUGCCGAGACAGAGAACCUCAACGUACUGGCUCACUCGCAUCCAGUCUUUUCUCUACUGCAAUGAGAACGGCCUCCUGGGCAGCUUUUCUGAGGAGACGCACUCCUGCACCUGUCCCAACGACCAGGUAGUGUGCACAGCCUUUCUGCCCUGCACCGUGGGCGAUGCCUCUGCCUGCCUGACCUGUGCACCUGACAACCGUACCCGCUGCGGCACCUGCAACACGGGCUACAUGCUGAGCCAAGGACUCUGCAAGCCUGAAGUCGCCGAGUCAACUGAUCACUACAUUGGCUUUGAGACUGACCUGCAAGACCUAGAGAUGAAAUACCUGUUGCAGAAAACCGACCGACGAAUUGAAGUUCAUGCCAUCUUCAUCAGCAAUGACAUGCGCCUCAAUAGCUGGUUUGAUCCUUCAUGGAGAAAGCGGAUGCUCCUGACCUUGAAGAGUAACAAGUACAAGUCCAGUCUGGUCCACAUGAUCUUGGGUCUCUCUUUACAGAUUUGCUUAACUAAAAAUAGCACGUUGGAGCCAGUGCUGGCAGUUUACAUCAAUCCCUUCGGAGGCAGCCAUUCCGAGAGCUGGUUUAUGCCUGUGAGUGAAAGCAGCUUUCCAGACUGGGAGCGGACUAAGCUGGACCUCCCACUACAGUGCUAUAAUUGGACACUGACUCUGGGAAACAAAUGGAAGACAUUUUUUGAGACAGUACACAUCUACCUGAGGAGUCGCAUCAAGGCGAAUGGCCCCAACAGCAACGAGAGCAUUUACUAUGAGCCUUUGGAGUUUAUUGACCCAUCCCGGAACCUGGGCUACAUGAAAAUCAACAACAUCCAAGUGUUUGGCUACAGCAUGCACUUUGACCCUGAAGCUAUCCGGGACCUGAUUUUGCAGCUGGACUACCCCUACACUCAGGGAUCCCAGGACUCGGCACUUUUACAGCUUCUAGAGAUAAGAGACCGUGUAAAUAAACUCUCCCCACCUGGUCAGCGCCGUCUAGAUCUUUUCUCUUGCUUGCUUCGUCAUAGACUAAAGCUGUCUACUAGUGAGGUGGUGAGAAUUCAAUCUGCUCUGCAGGCAUUUAAUGCCAAAUUACCAAACACAGUGGAUUAUGACACAACCAAAUUAUGUAGUUAACCGUAUGUCAAGCACAACCCAAAACCUUGAAGGAGUUUUUACAGUGCUUUUGUGGAACAGUUUAUGUUUGGAAAAGUAAAUUUAAAUUGUCUUUUCAAUAUCUGUCUUAUAUCAGUCAAUAACGUUGGAUGGCAAUCUACACACAUGAACUUGAUGACAAUGAAUAUAUUAUACUACAGUUUGGGUUUAUGAAUGAAAUAAAUACUGACCCCAGUCUAGAAGACAUUCUACUUUUUACAAUAAAUUUCCUUUGUAAUUUUAUAUGUUCCGUGGCAAUGCUUUUGUGCAUUACAUCCUCUAGAGGGAACAUAAAAAGAUACCAAUAAAAUUUUGUAGCUGAACAGUUA